AUUAAUGUUUCAUUUUCAAACCAGCAACAUCCUCCAUACUUUUAUGCGGGGAUACCUGGUAUGCACGGAAAGCCCGGGCUCCCCGGGGCACCUGGUCGUGACGGCCGUGAUGGACGAGAAGGAGUUAAAGGCGACCGGGGCAGCCCAGGGAAGACUGGACCACAGGGUCCUCCUGGCCCCAAGGGAACUCUGGGUGUUAAAGGAGAACCUGGAGUACAGGGUCUUCCCGGCCAAAAGGGGCAGCGGGGAGAAAGUGGGGUAAACGGAAUCCUUGUGACUCCCGGUAUGAUGUCUUUUAAGAACUGGAAAGAGUGUGCGUGGAGCAACUUGAAUGACAACAAAGACCACGGCCUUAUCAAGGUAAAUAGUUAUGACAGUAAGACGAAAGAAUAGGUUAGAGUAUGUUUUAAAGAAUACUAUACCUCUGUUAAUUUUUUUUGCAAAUAAUAUUAAUUUAUCCCAACAAAACAGCCAAGCUUAAAAGUUCCUCCUGAAAUUGCACAAAUUCCAUGUUAAGUUCAUUUAUUUAUCUUGGGUUCAUUGUGAUUCUUUUCUUAAUUUCUGGUCACUCUUUUACACAGGAGUGUGUGUUUACCAAGAACUUCUCCGACACAUCUCUUCUCGUUUCUUGGACUGGAACCCUUCGGGUCUAUAGAUGCACCACCUGCUGCAAACGCUGGUAUUUCACCUUCAACGGUGCUGAAUGUUCAGGUCCCCUGCCUAUUGACGGCAUUGUGUACCUCGGUGGUGCUGGGUCUCAAGAUCCUCACCGUGUCCGCCAUAUUGAGGGUCACUGUAACAACAUCCACAAAGGCAAGGUGCGCGUGGGGUUCUGGGUCGGUAAUUGUCAGUCAAACAGCCGAAAUGAUUACGAUGCCUACACUGGCUGGCAAUCAGUGUCGCGGAUCUAUGUCGAAGAAAUCCCGAAAGCACAAGCUUAG